AUGGUUCCUGUUACUGACACCAUCCAGGAAGAACCGUCUCUCCCACAGACACCCGUCUCCGAUGUGUCGCUGUCCUCGGUUAACUCGUCCGCCAAUUCCCCUGCUCUGCCAGGUUUGUCUCCUAUUAUAACUCUUAUCAAGCUCUCGCCUGCAAAUAAAACUCGGCGCUAAUUCAAUUUUAUUGCCUGACAGUACCAGGUUGAAUCAAGCGCGGCUUCUCACGUUUAGGUUAAAGUUCAGGUGUCAUAAACAUUUAUGGCGACAAUAAGUACAGUAAAUCCGUUGAUUUGAGCCUGAAUAAUAAAAAAACAAAACAAGGGGUUGAAUUCAUUUUUCAGAAGAGGUGAUUCCUGGAACCCCAGCCAUUGACUCAUCUGAAUCUGCUGCUUCUUCCCCUCAGUUGUCUCCGCAACUCGAUUCAGAUGGAAAAACAGUGGCAAUGUCUGUUGGCGGACCACGUCUCUCCAUCAAUGUAAUCCUUCUUUAGUUGUGACUACUCGAAUGAUGAAUGGUUUCAGGGAAAACGCAUCGGCCGUCCACCCGGAACAUUCAAGGUGCAAAGGUUGGUGGAAAAAUGCAUAGAAAUGAACAAGGAUCUCUUUUUCAGACAUCGAGAUGAUGUUCGUACAAAGGAGUCGAAGAAACUUCAGAAGACAGUCUGCAAAUGGGACUUCUGCAACAUGGUGUUUCCAUCUAUCGCGGUAAUAUAAAAUUCCAUUAGCUCCAAUGAGAACUAGACUUUUCAGGCUAUUGCUGCGCACGUCCAGGACACUCACUUGCAAACUCUAUCCCAUAAUGUGAAAGAGACCGUUUGUCAGUGGGAGGAAUGCCGUCGUCAGCAAUUCAAGUCUUUCUACAUGCUCGUUGCUCAUCUCCGCACUCACACUGGAGAGCGUCCGAUGAAGUGCACCGUGAGCGAAUCUGAAACUCGAUCUGUAACCGUUAAUGAACACGUUUUAGUAUCCAAACUGCAGCAAGGCUUACAAGACCAAAGAGAACUUGACCACCCACGUACGCAGUCACACUGGCGAGAAGCCUUUCAAGUGUCAAUUCAAAGAUUGCAACAAGAGAUUCUCAAAUGCUUCGGAUAGAGGAAAGCACGAGAACCGCUGCCACGUCACUCUGAACAUUCUUGCCGACGGCUCCGUUAUCAAAUUGGUAAGUUUGCUGAAAUGAAAACCAACUGUCAUGAGAUAUCCUUUCACAGCGUCGUCUUUAUCUCUGUAACUUGUAUGGAUGCCUGAAAUCCUACACGGAUCCUUCGUCUCUCCGCAAGCACACCAUCAAUGUUCACGGUCGCGAGGCUCAGAAGAACAGAAAGAAGGUCAGAGUUCCAUGGACUAUUCGUCGUGACGGCGAUGUUCGCCAUGGACUGCGAGCCCUGCAGGGACUUCAGGGAAUGCAAGGCUUCCAAGUGGUGAACCCCAGUCAACUGAACUAUCAUUAAACAUUUCGUUUUCAGAUUGGUGACUUACCAAUCAUCGAAAUUGGGCCACACACUCCAAUUCGCGUUCUUGCAAAUGCCCCUAAGACCAUGGCAGUUGAACCAAUGGAAUGUGAAGAGAAAAAGGAGGCAACUGAAAAAUUAAUUUUGCCAAAAAUGAAAGGACUCCGUGAGGAAUCUGGUCCGUCGGCUUUCAGAAUGGUGCCGCCGCGUGCUGAGCUCUUCAAGGAGACUGGCGACAGUACUUUUAUCCCGCCACUACUCCAAAAUGGAAACGCACUCGACUUGAUCACUUUCUUGAACAACCAAGCUCUUAUGCAGUGCUCUUCGUCUAUCUCUGGAAUGGGAAUGGCAGCUCUUCCAAUCAUCCCACCAAAGAUGUCAACUUUUCUUAACCGCCAAACCGUCCCACCGACUCAUCAAAGAUCCCCGAUGAUGAUGGGAAUGAACGGGCUCGUGGAGCUUCCUCAGCUUGCUCCUCGUAUCAUCACUGACCUGAACCUUCUCUAA